AUGUCUAAACGUGUUCCAAUAUCUGCAUCAGCCAUUUUAUUUAAUAAAAAUUCAGAAAAAUCACUUCUUCUUCGUCGUGGACCAACUGAUAAAUUUGCUCCAAAUGCUUAUGUCUUUCCUGGUGGAGUUUUAGAAAGAAAGUAUGAUACAAAAUUUCCUUUAAACUUAACUAAUUAUGAUAAAAUUAUCACCCCUAAAAUAAAACCAAAUAAUAUGGAAAAUGAUUUUUCUUUACGUGUAUGUUCAUUAAGAGAAUUAUUUGAGGAGACUGGAUUAUUAUUUGUUACUGAAAAAAAUAAUUCUAAAAAAAAGGUACUUUCUUCACUUGAUGAUGGAGUACUAGAUAAAAUGAAACAUAAAAUAAAAAGUAAUCCUAUGUUAUUUAAAGAUUUAUUUACUGAUUUUCAUCUUGAUUUGGAUGCUUUAACUUCAUUGUCCUACUGGAUGACGCCACAUGGACUUCCAAUAAGAUUUGAAACUCUUUUUUAUGUUAUCAAUGUAAAUGAAGAGCAUAAAAUUGAUUUAUGUAAACAAGAAAUGACUGAUUGUACAUGGAUGAAACUAGAAGAUAUUUUAAAAAAUCCAGAUGUUAAAAAUUAUUUACCACCACCACAAAUAUAUGAAAUUUGUAGACUUCAUUGGUCAAAGUAUGAAAAAAUUGAAAUUGAUUCAAAAUUAAUAUUUCCACAACUUAUUUUUGCAAAAGAUCCCACCAAACCUGAUGUUUAUGCAUUACCAGGUGAUCAUCUUUUUAUUGAAAAUAUGCCUCCUGAAUCUGAGUAUGAUAAACGAAUCAUGACAUUUGAAGAAGUUGAUUCUUAUUCUAAAACUAAAAAAGUAAAUAGAAUUUUAUUUACCAAUUACAAAAAUUCAAAUUUCUCUGAUUUAGUAAUAAGAAAUUUUGACAAAAAUGACAAAAAUAAACCAAUCAUGUUUGAGUAUAUUUCAAAAUUUAAUUCAAAAUAA